GUGGUGUCGAACAGUCGAAACUAAUAACAUAUUCGCCAUGAAUUCCAAACGAGAUUUUGAAGAUAUUGACGAUGUCCUUGCAAAAAGGGCUAGAUUAACGGAUGAGCUAUCGAAUGACGAAGUUUUAGCGCGAGAAAAAGCUGAAAUUGGGCCUCCAUGCCCAGCCAAAGACGAAAGCCACGACGUACAAUCACAUGGCGAAUCUACUAGUUUUCGCGCCAUUACUGAGGUCAAUGGCGAUGACGAUUCGGAGCUUAGUGACUUUGGUUUUGAAUGUUUUGACGAUUUUGACGCACCGGAGGGGCAGGAUCGACAGCCUGUGGCAGGUCCAAUGGGCUGGAUUCAGAGACAUAUCGAGCUUGGUACUGAUCCUUGUCAUAUUCUGAAAGAAAUGCUACCAUCAAAUUUUUCACUGCCUGAAGGUAUGGAUUUAUAUAUGAUGUGGAAACUGAUCUUUGAUCUGCUCACUGACCCACAACCUCGACAAAAAUUGCCUGAUAUUAAUACAUUAGAUCAGGUCUUAGAUCUCUUGAGAUCAUGCAGAAACAUCUUGGUUUUGACAGGAGCAGGGGUGUCUGUGUCUUGUGGUAUUCCAGAUUUCCGAUCUCGUGAUGGAAUCUAUGCAAGACUAAGUAAGGAAUACCCUGACCUGCCAGAUCCACAGGCUAUGUUUGAUAUCAAAUAUUUCCGAAGCAAUACGAAACCUUUCUACAAGUUUGCCAAGGAAAUUUAUCCGGGCAAAUUUAAACCUUCUUUGAGUCACCGUUUCAUUCAUCACUUGGAAAAAAGCAAUAAGUUAUUGAGAAACUACACUCAAAAUAUCGAUACUUUGGAACGAGAGGCGGGAAUUACGCGAGUUAUCGAGUGUCACGGUUCGUUCUCAACAGCGUCAUGCACCAACUGUAAAUACAAUGUACCAUCAACCGCUAUCCGUGAUGAUAUUUUGAACCAGGUGACACCUUUUUGUCCAAAAUGUCAAGUUUCUGAAGACACGCUUUCCGUCAUGAAGCCUGAUAUCGUGUUUUUUGGCGAGAGUCUGCCUCAGACGUUUUAUGACUGUAUUGAACAGGACAUAAAUCAGGUUGAUUUGCUAAUCGUAAUUGGUUCUUCAUUGAAAGUCAGGCCCGUCAAUUUAAUUCCAAAUCAGAUCCCAGCGAACAUUCCACAAAUCUUAAUCAACCGCGAACCGUUAUCAAAUAUGAAUUUUGAUGUGGAGCUCCUUGGAGAUUGUGACACAAUUAUUGCACACAUGUGUAAGCAGCUUGGUGAACCAUGGAGUCAGGUUUUGCAAGGGUUUGAAAUACCCAGCGUCCCGAAGGAAUUUCUCGAGCCUUUCUUACAAACACCACCAGAUUCCCCUGAAGAUCUUCACAACGAAAUGGUUGUUAACCACGACGAUGGUCCCCACAAGGAAUUCUGUGACUCGGAAAAGAAUAGGGUCACGGAAAGUUGUGAUUUACUAGGUCAAAAAGAAAACAAAGAUGUCCCUCAUAUUUUCCUGCCAACAUGUCGAUAUAUUUUCCAUGGUGCUGAGAUCGGCCGUUGUAAUUCUCCUUCGCCAUUCGAUGAUGAUGAUGAAGACGAGUCGAACAAAUCUGAUUGUUCAAGUGAAAUGGAUGAUAAAAUUGACGAGCUGAAUAACUGUAUUGAACAUGGAAUUAAUGACGAAAAAGAAGUUGUUACCGGACAUGUUGAAAAGAAUUACAAAGCCAACUACGAACACACAGUCAAAAACGACCCCGAGCAUGAUAGUGUGAAUGAGAUCGUUGGGGAUAAGUCACUUGGCGAAUGUUUUGAGGAGAAGCGCUGAAAAAGUAUUAAAGAUAAGGGUGGUGUCUGGUUGGUGUAGCCCCCAUAGUCACCUAAGGGAUAGUUCUAGGAAGCAUGGGCGUGUUUUAAAGUUUGAAGUAUAGUUUAGAGUGAUACCCUAACGUAACACAGGGUGAUUUGGGGACUAAUUUUGAAAACAGUAUAUAUGACAUGGAGGACUUUAACUAGUGAGUUUCUUUUAGGAGACAUGUGUUAAGAUAGAAACCACAGCAAAUGUAUCUUUCCAUCAUUUCUGUCCUAAAAAAGUCUUCACGAUUCUUCAUGUUCAUUAUACAAUUGUUUUCAGUCUUUAGAGUUAGUUAGUUUGCAGGGGUAUGGUUAGUUGGACAAUAACCAGUUUGUUAUAUAUAACUUGAAUAUCUACGGUAAUAUAAAAUGUAACUUUUUAAGUAAAUAUUUUGACUUGAAGUACAUAAUGUAUGCUACGGAAUAUUUAAGUAAUGGAAAGGUUAUGCAGUAAUAAACUUCAAUUAAGACCACAGUGGUGUAAAUGUGAGAAAUUAUGAAGAAUUCCUCUAAUUGCUGGGAUAAAUACUUUUUUAAUAUAUUUGUGGAAGAUUAUAUCAAUUAUAUAUU